CCAAGCUAGAUCUAAGUCCACAUUACCUUUGGAUGAUUAUCCCCCAUAAAGAAAUCUGCUGUAUGGCGUUUAGCCCAGUGCAGUCUCCAGUCUAUGGAGGCGACGUGUUGACUAUUCAACUGGGACAGGACCAGCUGGGUCAAGCAGAAGGGAAAUAUUUUGUUGUUUUUGAGGGCUCACGGAGGCGACAUGUUGUUUCUGCUCAGCUAUCUGCACCACACUGCCUGCAUGCAUACAUUCCAGGUCACGACCUGGCCGAGAAUGUCCAGGUGAGACUGGUCCAGACAGUGGACGACAGCUUGACCCCGCUGUCCCACGGCUACUUCCGCUAUGAAUACGACUCGACCUUCUACCUGACCAAGUUCCUCACCAGCAGCGUCUACAACGACCAGGCCCUCGAGUCCCUGGAGCUCAUCAAGAGCGACCGCUUUGAUCUGUCCAAUGAAGUUCUGUCCACCCUCGAUACACGCCUUCGACGGUCUCUCAUGAACUCUGACCUUUCCAAGGGCUGGCACUUGCUUGGAGGAGAUUCUUUGAGUGACGCCCACUGCGAGGAACGAGAGACACUGCUCCACUUCUGUGCCCGGCUCGGCCUCAGACAAGUGGCCCACUUCCUCCUGGAGCAGCCCGGCAGUGAGGACGCUCUACGGCUGACCAACCGACAGGGGGAGUUGCCCCACCAGAUCGCCAGUCGGAAUGGCUUCCACGAUCUAGCAGAGAUGCUGUCUGGGUACAAUAUUCACGGCAUGGUCACAACGGAACAAGACGUAGUGGAGAUGGACAAUGCUAUUCUUCGUAGCUAUGGUAAUGGCACAACGUCGCUGACGUCAUUUCUAGAUGCUCCUAGUUUAGACCGGACUGUUGAAAAUGAAAUAAGCUUCCUUAAAGAAACCGAGGAAAUGAUUAAAGCUCAGCGCCUUAUACAGCACAGGCAAUACAACUCUGACUGGCCAAAGAGUAUAAACCUACCUCAGCAAACAGGAACAUCUCGGUCAAUGCCCCACCUGGCUUUGAAUCAGGACUUGGACCUUGCCCUAGAAAGAAUUUUCCAACUUCAAAAAUCUCACAGCAACGACAUCAAAUCAUUUCUUCGAACGUCCUCUCUCCCAGCCUCGGAUGUAUGUGGUGAGGACGGGAGGGGGAGCAGGGGGACGGCAAGCUUUGAUGAGAGUGUUGAUGGUGGGACUUCAGAUGGAGAUGCUAUAGCCGAGGAUAGCAGGAUGGCAAGACAGGCAAAAAUUUCUGGCGCUGAGGAUUUAUUUUCUACUGCUAAUUCUUACAGUGUGUUAGAAUACAGUCUCGCUGGAGUCCGGGAUUUAGCUGAGGAGUUGUUCCAGCUCCAAGAUUACCAGCUGUAUAAAUCAUUUUUAACCAAGGACCUGAGGAAGUGGAACCUGUCCAGACACAGCUCCUCCUGUCCAUCCCUCAAUGACCCAGUGCAGUGUGUAAGGCUGUCUCCUCUCACUGAGGGAGACCAUUACAAGUCAAUGCAUGACCUACAAAACGAGAAAUCCGAAUUUUCCUCAGCCUCAGCUCAGCCAGAAAUCAAACCCAGCAGCACCAAGCCAUUGCAUCAUGAAGGCUCCAUAGACCAAGGCAUCCGCAUCUGUGUCAAUGGUAUCACAGUGGAUAGUUCUGAGGACUUCCCUGCUGUGACCGCCAGCCCUGUGAGGGCGACCCAGGACACAGGCAGCCCCACCCAAGCUAAGCUCAGCCACAGGAAGGAUGGAAAGGAAGAAGACACGAUGCUGGUCAGCUCAGGGUGCUGGCUCUAUAACCAGCCAUCUGUAGGGUCAAACAUUCCAUUUGACCGUAAAGACCAGUUAACCAGGGUCAGGAUGCUGGCCAUGACAGGCAAAAGUCUGAGCCUGACCAGCCUGGAGGGAGAACUGGAAUCUGAAGAGGAAGACUUCAUCAUGUCAGCCAAUGAGAGCCAAGCUAUUCCCAUAGCAAGACUAGACAGGGAGGACACAGGCAGUAUAUCACCUGCUGACUCUACAGGAUCUAGUCCUACAGGUCGUGACAUGUUAGAUGCAUCAAGUCAUCGCAAGCUUGGUGGAGAAUUAUCUUCGUUCAACGCCAAAUCUUUAUGUGACCUCUCAACCUCCACAGAUCUGGACAUGACCUUGAUCAGUGAUGGAAAUAUGAACAGCCUUGGCCACACCAGCCACCACUUUGAGGACAACAGCAACUUAGCUGUCCCACAUUCCACCAUGACCAAAUCUUUGUCUACACCCUCCCUGCCCCAGGCUGCAGAAGGCGACCUCUCACAAAAUGUGCGUGACAGACCAGGAAAGCACCAAGAUGAUAGCCAGUUGUACUUGACAAACUUGCCUGAGGAUUUUGAUGCCCAAUUCAGACGGCAGAAAGAAAUAGAAGAGGAGGAAGAGGAGGCCUCGUCCAGCAGUAAAAAACCUGAAAUCUCCUUGAAAGAUUUCCUCAGUGAAGAGCACUCACCCAAUGACUCAGAUGAAAAAUCCAGCAAGUUGGGGAGGAAGGAUGACAAGAAGAGGAAGCCUGGGGUCUUCUCCAGAAUACAGAGUACUUACAAAAGUAAAAAGAAUAAAGAGAAGGAGAUCAAGAACAAAGACCGUCACCAUUUCGUGGCCAUCUCCAUCAGCAACUCAACAACAUGUGAUGUCUGUCACAGACCCAUGGCCAACAAACCAGCUUUGAAAUGUGAAAAUUGCCUUGUGAGUGUCCACGAGCACAGCUGUAAGGACCAGGUCCUGCAAUGUGAGAAAAACAGAUACAAGGCAAUCCAGAGGGAUGGAUCCUUCCAUGGCCCCCACAGUCCAUCUCCCAACACACAAGCUGGACCUACACAGAUACCAGCUAGUGCUUUACUGGAGCGACAGUCAGCCUCCAUGUCUGGCAGCUCCCUAAAACCUUCCAACUCCUUCAAGGACAAGAGAUCUGUCUCAGCUCCAGUCAAACCUCAGGCUGGCCAGUUACCUACCCCCUCCCUAGCACAGACCCACAGACACAGUCUGCCCACAUCUAGUCUGUAUGGCAGUCCACCCAACAACACACUAGGCCUGUUACACUGGCAAGCUGCAAGCAAGGAGCGUUUCAGUGUGUUUGACAAGGCUAUCACUGAGGAGUCAGAGAGUGACUGCACCAGUAUGACUGCACUGACUCUGGGACAGACGCCGAGCAAUAUGGCAGAUACCAUAUCAGAGUCUAUGGAGUCUCUAGAUGCAGUGGUGCCAGCAGAGACCUCGUGGUUGGAUGAAGAACCAGACCUGCAGCUGUCUGUGGAGGAGCCAGAAGCCUGGAGUAUAACAGUGGACAGGAAGACACUCAAGAAAAUGGGCACAAAGGAUAUCAAAAGACAGGACACCAUAUGGGAGUUGAUCAACACAGAAAAACAGUAUGUCAAAAGGUUAAAGAUUAUGCAGAAGAUAUUCACCCACGCCAUGCUGCAUGACAUGAACUUCUCUGUGGACCAAGUGGACAGGCUGUUCCCUAAGCUGGAUGAGCUGGUGGAGCUCCACUCUAAUUUCCUGAGGGAGCUGCUCAAGAGACAGGCCAAAAAUGAAGACCGUUCUAUUGAUGACAUCGGGGAUGUUUUAAUUAGCCAAUUUGGUGACCAUACAGCAGAAAAGAUGAAAGCAGUGUAUGGAGUGUUCUGCUCUAAACACACAGAAGCAAUGCAGCUUUAUAAGGAGUUUAUCAAAAUGGACAGGAAGUUUCAAAACUUUGCCAGGAAAUGUACAAAUUUGCCAGUGUGUGAGAAGCGCGACAUCUCUGAUUUCAUCCUGGGGGUCACUGUCAGGCUCUCUAAAUACCCUAUUCUUAUAGAGGCCAUUCUCAAAGGCACUAAAGAUAAAAAAGAUCGAGAAAACUUGUCGCAGGCACUUCUGCUCAGCAAAGAUGUUGUACAGUAUGUUGAUGAGAAGGUGGCGGCCUAUGAGAAGUUGAUUGACAUUCAAAGCAAGCUGGACUCUAGAACCACAAUAUUUAAAGGGAAAAAGUUCAAGAAACAAGAUCUGAAUGCAGACAACAGAGAGCUGUUGCAUUCUGGGAAAAUAGGCUGGAAAAGUGCCAGAGGUCGUGUCUAUGAUGUCCUAGCAGUCGUCCUCACAGAUCUGAUUUUGUUCCUGCAGAAAAAUGAGCAGAAGUACACAUUUCUGCUGCAGGACAACAAGUCAUGUGUCAUUCCCCUGUACCGCCUACUUGUCCGUGAGAAGCGUGACGCCAAAGACAGCCUGGGGAUCUACAUGAUCAGCCAGAACCGCAACACCCCUGAGAUGUACGAGCUGGUGUGCCAGAGUAAGGCUGAGAGGGAGGACUGGAUCAGGAUCUUGCAGGACGCCAUCAAGCUGUGUCCACCUGACGUGGAGCCGGAGCUGUGGCCAGCCUCCAAUCAAGGGGCAAUAACCUUGUCUCAGGAGGAAGACAGACGGAGAAAAGACGACCAUGCAAACCAUGUGAAAGAAAUUUUAGAACGUCUGCACCAGAAGGACGAGGUGAUCAAAGAAUGUUGUGAUGAGAAGAACAAGCUGAUGCUGGAACUGCUGGAGAUGUCCACACCCAAAAAUGUGCCAGGAUCUAGACCCAGCUCUCAAGAGAUCAUUACAGGCACAGAGUCCAUGGAGAUAGUCCAGGCUGCCAUGCAGGAAGCAUCUCGCCUGACCACCAUCCUCCAGGGCUCGGGGACGCAGCUCAGUCGUAGCGUCAGCAGCGUGGGUGAGCACCACAGCAACACUUUUGUUGCCACGCCAGUUCCCAAGCGGGCGGAAACUUUUGCAGGUUUUGACAGCAACCACGACUCACCAAAAUUGAGUACCAUGAAACAGAGGUACAUUGGCAUUGGUGGUGAGCUAGGGGAGGGGAGAUCACCCAGUAUGUUGAGUCUUGAUCAACAAGAGGGCGACACAAGUCUAACUGAUAUCCCAGAAGGCUCUCCUACUGUAAAUGAAGCUGGUCUUUCCGAAACCAAACAAGCCACAGCCCCACCCUCUCACCACACAGCCUCACCCCUGCAGCAUGCUGGACACGCCCACCUCUGGGAGGAGCAGGUCAGUUCUGACCGGUCAAGUGAUAGAGGAUCUCUGGGGGAACUAUCAGCAGCAUCCGUCUCCUCACUGGUCCCUUCUCCCUCCAACCAUGAGCAGAUGACGUCCAUCCUGAACCUGGUCCAUUACCUAAAUGCCCUGAUGAAUUUGACUGCCAAACAGAACACCAGGGUUGAAAGUUUAAGGGCAGAACUUGCUGAGGCCAAGGAAGAAAUAGCCAAGUUGUCAGCAGAGAUGCAGCAAGGUCGCAGGUCAGUGUAUCGCCAUGACCAGCUGGAGGAGCUGAGGAACAUCCAGGAGAACAUCAGCAGAGAGAGGCAGGAGUGGGAGAGGACAAAACUACAGGACAGGGCUCUCCUGGAGCAGGAGAGGGAGAGGCUGGAUAGUGAGAGGAGAGAUCUAGAGAGAGAAAAGUCUGAGAUUCGGAAUCGUAAAGAGGAGCUGAAACGAGAGAAGGCAGCACUGCAGCAUCAGAUUGACAUGAUGAAGCAGCCUGACUACCUGCUGGUGAACCAUGAGCAUGGUGCCAAAGAAGAUCCAGCAAACACAGGUCUGCAGCAGAGGCCAGCGGUACACCGGCGAUCUGCCUCUGCUGAUUUUUAUAACACGGUUGUUGCCAACGAUGUUCAAAAUCUAGAAAACUUUGUCCCCGGAGACGGGAGGGGCCUGGGUAGACAGACCAGGUUCUCUGUGGGAAGUGCAAGUUUAAGUGCCAGCACCAAACAGCUGAGGCAGCCAGAUCUGAACCCGGCUGCCAGUCUUGGGGUCAGCGCCAAGCAACUCCGCCUGCCUGACCACCUACUAAGUGCACGAAAUGAACAAAGAAUAGGGUCGGCAAAUGUCCAGCAGCUGCCCAGAAAACUGGCAGAGUCCAGCCAGCACCACGGGAUGUCUUCUUCUUCUCUGGGCGCUGGCGGGCAACAGACACACCCAGUUCGAGCUGGCUCGACUUCAAUCAACCGCACGCAGUCCAUAUCAACGCCAUCCAGUGCUGCGCUGGCGCAACAGUUAGAGAAAAAUUCCAGAACUCCAUCCAACCUUGCUUUAGUUAUGAAAUUAGCUGACCCAAAAGCUAAGCCUGGUCCAGCUGGUCAUCCACUGCCCCCAUCCAACAAACCCCCAGCCCCCCAGCCCACUGGAUUACCCAUGGCAAAAGGUGGAGCAGGAUCUGAUGGUACAUUCUAUUGUUAGCACAGAAAUGUUGACACAGAAGUGCUGUGGAUGUGACACAAGGACUGGACUGAUGAUGUGUCUAUACUCAAAAUAAUUGUGUUAGGUGGAAAAUUUAACUGUAUAAAUUCUUCUCAAUGACUUAGUUCCUACCAUUGCAUAAUUUACCUAGAGUGGGAUGGUUAGAUGUACUACUAUAAAAACUGAAUUUAAUGUAUCUAUUAGCAUCAUUUGCAGUGUACAUACAUUUUAUUUAAAUAUGUAAGUAAAUAUUUGUUUUAUCAAAUUUUGGGGUCUAGUUUUUAACUUGGUUUAAAAAAAAACAAGAAAAAAAGUGUAGCAUGUACUAGGAUACAUGAAAUUUUGUAGUGUGAUGUCACUUGUAAACAUGGAUGGACUUUAUUGAUAUUUAUAUAGCUAUGAUAUUUGUGCUAUUUUAAACUGCAUUUAGCUCAUUAUAACAGUGCCAUAUAUAUACUCUAUAAUUUUAGCCUAUCAGUGGAGCAACUUUUUGAUUUGUUAUGAUGUGGGUUUGUUGCUGUUUGGUUGCAUGCUAUCAAAACAUUUGAUCUGAAGAUAAAAAAUAUGAAUAAACUAUUUUUUUUUCUCUUAUGAAAGAGGAAAUGUAAAAAUUAAUUGCUUAGGUUUGUUAAGCUUCUUAUACUAUCCAUUGUGCUUAGUACUUUUGUACUGCUGUGCUGAAUAUACUAUACUAAUGUCAGGGUGGUCACAUGACCAGUAGGCUGGACAUGGUGACAGGACAUUGGCAACACCUGGCCAGUCAGGUGUACAAAGGUCAUGACCUGCAGGGUACAAAGGUCACAAGCACUUGAUCACUGAAGUAACUUGAAAAUGUAACAGAUCAGUGAGCUAACCCAGCCCUACAAUGAAAUGUUUGUCAAUAAAAAUCAACUGUUGUAGAUCUAGCUAUGUUUAGCACUGUAGUCCAGUUGUUGUGACCUUCACCUUGAGAAGGUUGUUGUGGUUCUACAUAAAAGCCUUACCUGUUGACCUACCUGUGCAACAUAACGUCUAUGUCAGUAGCUAGGUGCCCUCCCUGCACACAUCCCAUCCCUUGCCAGUGUCUAAGUCAGAAUGGCUUUCUUCUUGUCUCACAACACAAUCUCCAGCCACAGGGCAUUCAGGCCAAUGGUACCUGGCCAGUGGCUGGGUCUGUUGUCACGUUGGCCAAUGGUACCUGGCCAGUGGCUGGGUCUGUUGUUGCCACGUGGGCCAAUGGUGCCUGGCCAGUGACUGGCCCUGUCAAACUUUGGUGUAUAUGGCAUUAUAACUGAGAUUAUUUUUCUCUCCCUCAGUUUUCUGUUUGUGUUAAAAUAGGUUGUAGUGAUCCAACUGUGUGUCGUCUAAACAUGGGUCAGUAUAGCCAAAGUGAUCCAAAUAUAGCCAAGUUGUGAUUGUCUUGUGCCUUGUACUAACUUAUUAUCAGAUCUUUAAAGUGCGACACUCAACUCGUGCAGUUCGCUAGGAGACUGAACGUCAUUUACCAAAAAAUAGAGUCUUGUAUACAGCGGAGAUGCCAGAUUAAAGCUGGCCUCUUCUAUUGAAUGGCAUUCCUCUGGUCUAAUCACGGUUAUCUCCCUGCCCUUCAUUGUUACCUCCCCUGCCCAAUCAUAUGCACACACUUGACUAAGUUCCUGUACCACGAACUUUGAUGUUUUCAUAAGAAAAAAAUCAAUAAAUUUUCAUGAACACAA